UGCGAGUGUGACAAAAAUAGGAAGCUUACGUGUGUAUUUGGGGGCUUGGCCUGUAUUUAUGCAUGCAAAGCAAAAUUUUACUGUGUGAUGAAAUUACGAGAGGAGAGAGGGCCGGUUUUGUUUGUUUGUGGGGAUGUUUUUCUUCUGGAGCCCAUCAAGUUUUGAGCUUUCUGAUUGGGUCUCACUCUCUCUGUCUCUUUUUGAAAGUUUAUUAAGACAAUACCUGUUGAAGAUGAGGGUUGGAAGGAAGAGAGGAACCCAGAGAGAGAAAGCUGUUGCAAAAAGCUGAAAGCUUUUUUUAAUUUCCUUCCUCUAUUCUAGUCUUAGGUACCCGUAUCUAUCAUCAUCCUCCUUCUCUUAAUUCUAGCUAUUAUCAUACAACUAAUUAAGAAGGAUUGACAUGUUAGUAGUCAAUAACUCAUCUCCCACUUCUGAGGCCGAGAAUGGUACUGCUGCUGCCACUAAUAAGAGGAAGAGAAGGCCUGCAGGAACACCAGAUCCAGAUGCAGAAGUGGUGUCCCUCUCACCCAAGACCUUGCUGGAAUCAGAUCGUUAUGUGUGUGAGAUCUGCAACCAGGGAUUCCAGAGGGACCAGAACCUUCAGAUGCACCGGCGGAGGCACAAGGUGCCGUGGAAGCUGUUGAAGAGGGAAACGCCGGUGGUGAAGAAGAGAGUGUUUGUAUGCCCGGAGCCUAGUUGUUUGCACCAUGACCCAUGCCAUGCUCUGGGUGAUCUUGUUGGAAUAAAGAAGCACUUCAGAAGGAAACACAGCAAUCACAAGCAAUGGGUCUGCGAGAGAUGCUCCAAAGGCUAUGCGGUGCAGUCCGAUUACAAAGCACAUCUCAAAACUUGUGGCACCCGAGGACACUCUUGCGAUUGUGGCCGCGUUUUCUCAAGGGUGGAGAGCUUCAUUGAGCACCAAGACGCGUGCAACGUGGGGAGGUUGGGGCCAGAAACACAGCCACAGCCACAGACACAGACACAGGCAGUGCAAGCUGCUGCAUGCUUGUCUCGAACAGCUUCAAGCGAAACCAAUUUCAGCAAUGGAGCCCCUUGGCCCCAAAGCGGUACUGUAAUAAUUCCAAAGCCCUCCGUAACAGUAUUAGAACCCUCCUCAUACUCCAACCCUACUACCACUGCCGAAACCAACAUCAUCAACGACGUCCACCCCAACCUGGAGCUUCAGCUCUCUACAGCUACUCCUUCAUCCAAAGCUAAUUAUAACCACUCCAUACAGACACAGUUGCAGCUAUCCAUAGGGAUAGGGUCCUUGGAAGAGCAGUUGAGGAUAGCGAUGGCUGAGAAAGCGUUGGCGGAAGAGGCAAGGAAGCAAGCCAAGAGGCAGAUCGAACUGGCUGAACUUGAGUUCACUAACGCCAAGAGGAUAAGACAACAAGCGCUUGCGGAACUUGACAAAGCCUAUGCCUUGAAGGACCAUGCAAUCAAGCACAUCAAUUCAACCAUGCUUCAAAUCACUUGCCUCGCUUGCAAGCACCAUUUUCAAUCGCCAACCUCCCACGACAACUCUUUCGUCUUCAGCUACAUAACACAAGCUCAAAGCCAACUAGAAAAACAUCGACUCAAACCCAUUAUUAACUCUUAAACAUUCUCCAUUAAUCCCUUCCUUCUUUUAUUACCACUGCUACUACUAUUAUUUUGUUUUUCUAGCUACCCUAGCGAAUUAAUAUCCUUAAUUUGUGAAUUGGUAUACCAUGUGAAGUGAGUGCUAUGGUUAUGUACGUGGGAUUAAUAGCCAGCGGGGUGUGUUAUUAUUAAUGUAAAUGUAAAUUAGUCGCAUCUUGUGCCAUGUUGAUUAAUUAAAUGCAGACUAUAAUAUGAUGAGCAGGUUUUGCUGGAUGUACGUGCGUA